AUGACAAGAGGUAAAGAUAGAACUGUUGUCGUCACUAUCAAUGAUGAUGGCGACUUUGAAGAGCAGGAGGAGCAAUCUUCAUUGUUGUUGGAUCAUGACAACAACGACAAAAACGAUGACGACAGCAGCAACAACAACAAUUCAGGCGGAGGAUAUGUACCACUUCUCUCAAUUGAUAGAGAUGUGGAGGAGGGGGACGAGAUGACUGAGGUUCCAGCAAAUGAGGCACCACCAAUCACCUCAGUUGUUGUUGGAAGCUCAUGCAAGAAGGGAUGUUGUGGCAAGACUCAGUCACUUGUGUCUGAGGUGCAACCCGAGACAACAGCAGUGGAGCAGGUUCAAAGUCAAGAUCAAACUUCAAUUGCCAAUGCCAUUGCCAUCGCCAUUGACCCAGAUGCAGCAGCCGCAACAGUCGAGCUGGGCACACUUACAGUCACAACUCCAGCCCCAACACCAAGCACAUGCAAGAAGGGUUGUUGUGGCAAGAUGUCACCACCUGCAUCUGUGGAGACAGCAGUAGCAGUAGAUGUAACAGUGGCAGUAGAACAGGAUGACAAGAAUGUGGAUGUCACACAGGUGCCUGAAAAGCCUGCUGGCAGUUCAUGCAAGAAGGGAUGCUGUGGCAAGAAGAAAACGCAGCAGGAUCAGGUGACGACGACUCUUGAGCAACCACCACAAGUUCAACCACUUCCAGAGGUUGCCAUGAUGACACCAGAGGUUGCUGUCACGACACAGCCAUACGACGCGUCCAUUGCCAAGCCAACAACAGGCUCAUGCAAGAAGGGAUGCUGUGGCAAGAAGAAGACUGAGGUUGCGGUCCCCCAGCCUCAAACAGUCGACCUAAUUUCGAUUGUCACUCAAUCUGAUGCGACAACAGCUUUGGAGCAGGUCACCCCAUCACCCGCCCCAGUCGCAGUCCCAACUCCAACGACAAGCUCAUGUAAGAAGGGAUGUUGUGGCAAGAAGACUCAAGUUGUUAUCCCAGAGCCCCAGGCUCAGGUUGAAACGAUCACACCUUCAGUCUCAGCCACAGUCGCAGUCCCAACUCCAACGACCAGUUCAUGUAAGAAGGGAUGUUGUGGAACAAAGUCCAACAAGUCAAAUGUCGACAGUGCUGCACUGACACCAGAUACAUCAAGUUCCAACAUGUUGCUUGUUGACGAUGUCCAACAACAAUUUGAUGAUGAAUCACCUGAGACAUCACUCCUUGCCAAGGACGUCGUCGUCCCCAGCCCCAUCCAAGAGGAAGAAGAGACGGACGCCUGUAAGAAGAAAUGUUGUUCGACCAAGAGUCCAGGUCCAGCUCCAGCAAAGCAGGGAGUCUGUCCCGUGGCCAAGCCCAAGGCCAAGGCUAACCUCAAGCCCAAGGCCAACUCUAAGUCGACUGAUCGCUUCUGCUGCGAAGUGUGUCUCACUGGCCCAUGCUGUGGUGUCGACUGCUGCAAGACACAGUGCUGCCUCACGAUCCAAAUGGACUAUGGCGGCAAGGACGGUUUCAUCUACAAGUCCAGCAGCAAGAAGCGUGUGUUUGCCUCAUUGCUCUACAAGAACUGUGGCAGCUUGUUUGGACUAAAGUUUGGAUAUGAACAACAGGAGGACACACCUGGCGAUGAUGGCGAUGUGGGCAAUAAUGAUGUGGAGCUGGCUGGCGUUGAACAGACUGUCAUCAUCAGUCUGGAGCCCACUGGAUUGACCUGCUGCUCAGACUGUUUGAGCAACGUGGACAGCAAGUUGCUUGCACUUUCAGGCAUCAUAUCCGUGUCGACCAACCUCUUCACCCUUAAGUCAGUCAUUGUCUACAACAAUGGACAACUCACAGUUGACGACAUCAUUGGUACGGUCCAAGCCAUUGGAUACAAGGCCACAGAGGUGCCUCCAGCUGAUAUUGAUCAGAUUGCAAUUGAUCUCCAGGGCUGCACUACGACCCAGGCAGAUAACCAAGACUUGGCAAAAGAGUUAAGGACUUUGGACGGUGUUGUGGACAUCACAUUCGACCAAAAUGCACUGUUGAAGGUCAGAUAUGAUGGAGACAGGGUUGGCGCAAGAGACAUUUAUGCCAAGGUUGAGGCGGCCGUUGCGCCAGAUGAGUGUCUUUUGAAGUUGGCCGAUCCCCUUGGAUCGAAUGGCGGUGCGUCGCAGUCUGUGCAUGCCGCUCAGCUGGCCACGUUGCGUCGUCUGCUCAUCCUGAGCAUCGCGCUGUGUGUGCCCGUCGUCUUGUUUGCUUUCAUCAUCCCAGUGGGCCACUCAUGGUUGGACUCUGACCUCGCCCGAGGCCUAUCAUGGCGCAUCCUAUUCAACUGGAUCCUCACUACCCCCAUCCAAUUCUACGUCGGCCUGCCCCUUUACCAGGGCGCCUGGAAGUCGAUCCGCUUCCACCGUCGCGCCAACAUGGACCUGCUCGUGAUGAUGUCCUCAUCAAUGGCCUACGUCUACUCGAUCAUCUCGCUCAUAAUGACCAUGUCGUCGACCACCUACGAGGGCACGGUCUUCUUUGAGACCAGCGCGCUCCUGCUCACACUGAUCAUCUUUGGUCGAUAUCUUGAAGGUGUGGCGCGUGGACGUGCCUCAGACACCUUGUCCAAGCUGCUCUCCCUCCAGUCCAAGACAGCCACACUCAUCGUCGAUGAGCACGAUGCCGCCCAGGACCGUGAGAUUGAUAUCAGGUUGGUCCAGCGCGGCGACUUACUUCGCGUGUUGCCCUGGUCCCAAGUGCCGGCGGAUGGCGCCAUAUCUGAUGGCUACGAGGCCUUUUUAGACGAAUCAAUGGUGACGGGCGAGUCGACCGUUGUGCACAAACAAGCGACGCACCUGGUCUACGGCGGCUCGAUGAAUCAGACGUCGCCAUUCACCAUGCGAGUCACUACCAAGCCCAGCCAAUCGACCCUGGCCAACAUCUGUAAGCUGGUCGAACAAUGCCAGUCAUCCAAGGCGCAGGUCCAGAACCAGGCCGACCUCGUCGCCUCAUACUUUGUGCCAUGCAUCGUGCUCGCAUCACUUCUCGUCUUUGGCCUGUGGAUGGUUUUGAUCAAGACUGGCGCGGUGGCCGCACCGGCUGGCGUGGGGGCCUUUACCUUUAGUAUGUUGUUCGCAAUGUCUGUGAUGGUGAUAUCGUGUCCCUGCGCCGUUUCCCUGUCCACGCCAACCGCCGUCAUGGUGGGCAGUGGAGUUGGCGCCAAGUUGGGCGUGCUUUUCAAGGGUGGCGAAGUGAUAGAGCGCACAAAGAGCGUCAGCACAAUUAUCUUUGACAAGACUGGCACACUUACUAAUGGUCGCCCCAAUGUCACGGACCAUCAAUGUUAUGGCUCACAUGGCUGGACCACCAAGGACCUGUUCUACUUUGUUGGCUCGGCCGAAUUGGGUAGCGAGCACAUCAUUGGAAAGUCAAUCUCCAAGUAUGCCCGCGAGUCCAUCCAAUGCCAGCUCGAAACUCCAACCGAUCUUCAAACAACACCCGGCCGUGGCCUUACCUGUCUCGUGGAUGGCCGCCAGGUCACCGUCGGAAACCGUGCAUUCUUUGCCGAAUGUGAUCUUGCUGUCGCCCCCACCAUCGUUCAACGAAUGAAGAGCCUGGAGUCCGAGGGCAAGACAGUUGUGCUAGUUGGUUUAGAUCGUGAAGUCAUGGGAUUGGUUGCAUUAAUGGAUACCCCGCGUCCAGAGGCGCGAGCAGUGGUCGAUCACCUCAAGACAAUGGGCAUCGACGUGUGGAUGGUCAGUGGCGACAACAACGCAGCAGUGCGAUACGUUGCCAAGGAACUGGGAAUUGAUCACUGCGUGGGAGAGGCCACGCCAAAGUCCAAGAGCGAGAGUGUCAAGCAACUCCAACAAUCUGGUCGCGUCGUGGCGAUGAUUGGAGAUGGUGUGAACGAUGCCGUGGCGCUGGUCCAGGCCGACGUGGGCAUUGCCGUGGUCAAUGGAACUGAUGUAGCGCUGGAGGCGGCCAACAUUGUAUUGAUGAAGCCCGACCUCUAUGGCGUGGUCAAUGCGAUCGACCUUGCUCGCAGCACCUUCCGCGUGAUCCGCUUCAAUCUCUGCUGGGCCUUUGUCUACAACCUCAUCGGCAUACCUCUUGCCAGUGGACUCCUCUACCCCUUCACUCACUUCUCCAUCUCGCCCACAUUCGCCGGACUCUCCGAACUCCUCUCAUCGUUGCCAGUGAUCCUCUUCUCAUUGCUUCUCAACCUCUACCGUCCACCCAAGAUCUAA